UUCCGGGGAAAAGUUCCAGAGGGAUGUAACGAAUUUCUCAGAGUUUUGGCGGAUUUGAUAAAAACAUUUUUUAAAGUUUUCUCCGUUUAUUUUAGCUGAAAAAUAGUGAAUAUCAAUGAAUUGCAAGGAAGACACGAUGCUUGAAGGGAUCCAAGAACCAGGAAGUAUAUUAGAUGAUCCUGUGGAAACAAGGCAAUUACAAACUCUUUUCGGUGCUGAAAUUGUGGAGGAAUUAAAAAAUAUCAUGGAUGAGGAAGCUCCAGGUGUAGAAGUGGAAGAAUCUGCGGAGGAACAUGAAGGAGGAGAGCUAAAGAUUUCCAAUGAUAGAUCAUCUGAAAAUUAUUCUUCAGAUCAAAAGAGACAGGAGGCUUCAGCAGGGAAUGAAAUAAUGACACGAGAAGGUCCUUAUAACCAGAUAAAAGAAUUUGGUUCGAAUCUUUCACAUCGCAAGAGUCAGGAAGUUCAACUGGAGAGCCAGAAGUCUCCAAAAGGACUCCAAAUUCCUGUGCGGGAUAGAAGAAUCAUUGCCAAUCAAUAUAGGCAGAGAACAAUGCCAAAAGGGAAACGAAGCAGUGACUCCAGCGAUAAUUAUUCACACAGGAACUCAUCCAGCAGGAGUCAGAGGAGUCAGGAAGGAGAUGAGUGGGAAAUGGAAGUUUCUGCCUACUACAAACACAUCAGGCCAGAACGAAAGGUUUAUCUCAAAAAUUCCCAUCGGGAGUAUCGUGAUAUGAAUGGGAUGAAGCACCACAAGAAACACGAAUCCCCGGAGGACAGGCAGUCCGGCAACAGGAAGAACCCCUUCAAGAGGCAAAGAACUUCGGAAUACAGCGAUGAAGAAUCUUCUUCAAAUUUCUCCUUCAGGGAAUCAAAGAGGAAUCACUUCCAUGGGAAAGCACUGCUUGAGAAGAAACCGAUUCUGGAGCAUCUCAAGAAGCACGAGAAUGAAGGAGAUUCAUCCGUGAAGUGGAAGAAUCCAUUUUGUCAGAAUCAGAAGAACAAGCAGAGAUUGCUCACGUCCUUUGAGCGUAAAGCAAAUACUUUGCAUGCGGAUAGGAUUAAUCGAUGGAAGCAGCAGAUUAAAAGGGAAGUCCUCGAAGCAAAUGAACAGAGGAAUAAGCAGGCAAGAGAGCUAAUAAAGGAUAUCUAUAAGGAUUUCGAUUUGCCUAUGCAUCUGAAAAUAAAAUACGAGGAAGCUAUACUUCAGGAGCUCCAGAAAUAUGAAUAAAAUGGAUUAGCAGGAAGCAAUAAAUCCUUUUUAUUAAAAA